AACAAAUCAGAGCUUUUGUCUCCUCAGUGGCUGUCUGGGAGUUCGGUAGGAAAAGCAAAAUGUAUCACUAAAUUCUACGAAUUACAAUGUACAGUAUUUAUAUGUAUAUAUAUAUAUAUAUUUUAAUAGGGUAUCCAUCGCAUUGUGCAAAAUAUAACGUUCAAGGACAGUGUAGUUUUUUUUUUUGUUUUAUGUACUUUGUUUAUACAAUUAAAUAUAAUUCCAGAUAAUUGAAAAGAGAAAAAAAAGUCAACAUUGUAUUUGAGUGAAGUAUGUUUUGAACUGAAAAGUACAUUUGUACCACAUAUUUUAAAUAGUUAAGCCGGACGAGACACGACAUAAGGAAUCAGGAAUGUGUGAAAUGUGGUUACUUUACACUCUGCUUGUGUUUGCACUGUCUGGAAUUUCGAACGGAAACAAUCUCCCUAGUGCUAUGAAAAGUUCAGUAUGGGGACCAGGUCUGGAACCCAAUAUCGUGCUUCCAGCUCGGUAUUUCUUUAUUCAGGCUGUGGAUAAUAGCGGUCAAAAUUUUACUUCAUCUCCUGGAGAAAGCACAUUUCAGGUGAAGAUUUUUGCACCUGGUGAAGAAUUUUCAAGGAUCUGGGUGCAAGUGUUGGACAGGAAGGAUGGCUCAUUUGUGGUCAGAUACAGAAUGUAUGCAAGCUACCCAAAUCUCCAGAUUGAUGUACAACUUCAAGAUAAACAUGUGGCAAAGUCCCCAUAUACAUUGACCGGACCGGUGUAUCAUGAGAAUUGUGAGUGCCCAGAAGAUGACAGUGCUAAAUGGUUGGAACAUAUGCAUUGCCCUCAGAGCAUACCACAGAUUCUUCGUGAUUUAGCGUUUUUUCAAACUAUUGAUCCAGACAAGAUUGUCAAAGAAAUUACAAAGAGGUUUGGACAGAGACAAAGUCUGUGUCACUACACAAUCAAAGAUAACCAGGUCUACAUUAAAACCCAUGGAGAACAUGUUGGCUUUAGGAUAUUUAUGGAUGCCCUUUUACUUUCUCUUACCAGAAAAGUAAAACUGCCAGAUGUGGAAUUCUUUGUGAAUCUGGGAGACUGGCCAUUAGAGAAAAGAAAACCCACUGAGAAGCUUCAUCCUAUCUUAUCCUGGUGUGGGUCUAAUGAAACAAGAGACAUUGUCAUGCCAACAUACGAUUUAACAGAAUCUGUUUUGGAGACCAUGGGCCGUGUGAGUCUGGACAUGAUCUCGGUUCAGGCCAACACAGGGCCUAUCUGGGAGGACAAGAAUAGCACUGCAUUCUGGAGAGGCCGGGACAGCCGAAGAGAGAGGCUAGAGUUGGUGAAACUCGCACGCAAACAUCCAGAUUUAAUUGAUGCGGCCUUCACAAACUUCUUCUUCUUCAAACACAAUGAGAGUCUCUAUGGCCCGCUAGUAAAGCAUGUGUCGUUUUUUGAUUUCUUUAAGUACAAAUAUCAAAUCAAUAUUGAUGGUACCGUAGCUGCAUACAGACUGCCUUACCUGCUGGCUGGCGACAGUGUUGUCUUGAAGCAGGACUCAAUCUAUUAUGAGCACUUUUACAAUGACCUGAAACCCUGGGAGCAUUACGUUCCAUUUAAAAGGGAUUUGAGUGAUCUUCUGGAAAAGAUACAGUGGGUGAAAAAUCAUGAUGAAGAGGCCAAGAAAAUUGCAAAAGCUGGUCAGGAAUUUGCCAGGAAUAGUCUCAUGGGGGACACUAUAUUUUGUUACUAUGUUAAACUCUUCCAGGAGUAUGCCAACUUGCAAGUAGGUGAACCAAAAAUAAGAGAAGGAAUGGAGUUAGUGGAGCAACCAAAAGAUGACCUCUUCCCAUGUACCUGUCACAGAAAGGAGGUUAAAGAUGAACUUUAACAGCCAUAACGCAAUACCGUGUGCCAGUGUUUAGGCGUUAGCUGGGAUAAAUCCACAGUGCCAAAUAUGUUUUUAAUUGUUACAAAAACAAGGAACCUAGUUUUGUUAAUGUUUAGUAUACAUUGUGUAUAUUCUUGUAUUUUAUAGAAGUGGUGUCAGGAGAAUUAAUUGUAAUAAAGAUGUGUUCCAACAUUUAUUAAAA